AUGUAUCGCCUCGCUUCAAGCCUCGCUUCCAAAGCUCGGGGUAUUAGGAACAAUGCCCAGCAGAUUGGUGGUAGGUUGAAUUGGAGCAGAAACUAUGCAGCGAAAGAUAUUAGAUUUGGCGUGGACGCCCGAGCCCUCAUGCUCAGUGGCAUUGAAGAUCUUGCCGAUGCUGUUAAAGUUACAAUGGGUCCUAAGGGGCGUAAUGUGGUUAUUGAGCAAAGCUUUGGCGCACCCAAAGUGACAAAAGAUGGUGUAACAGUUGCAAAAAGCAUUGAGUUUAAGGAUAAAGUUAAGAACGUCGGAGCUAGCCUCGUAAAACAGGUUGCUAAUGCCACAAAUGAUGUAGCUGGUGAUGGUACCACUUGUGCCACGAUCCUGACCAGAGCUAUCUACACUGAAGGAUGCAAGUCAGUUGCUGCUGGUAUGAAUGCCAUGGACCUAAGACGUGGUAUUACCAUGGCAGUUGAUUCUGUUGUAACUAACUUGAAGAGCAGAGCCAGAAUGAUCAGCACUUCUGAAGAGAUAGCACAGGUUGGAACAAUAUCGGCAAAUGGCGAGAGAGAAAUCGGUGAAUUGAUUGCAAAGGCCAUGGAGAAGGUUGGCAAGGAGGGAGUAAUCACGAUUGCUGAUGGCAAAACAUUGUAUAAUGAGUUGGAGGUUGUUGAGGGCAUGAAGCUAGACAGAGGCUAUAUAUCUCCUCAUUUCAUCACCAACCCAAAAAAUCAAAAAUGUGAACUGGAAGAUCCUCUAGUUCUAAUCCAUGAGAAGAAAAUCUCAAAUAUUAAUGCUGUCAUUAAAGUAUUGGAGCUGGCUUUGAAGAAGCAAAAGCCUUUGCUGAUUGUCGCAGAAGAUGUGGAAAGUGAUGCACUUGCAACACUUAUAUUAAAUAAGCUUCGUGCUGGAAUCAAGGUCUGUGCAAUCAAAGCCCCUGGUUUCGGUGAAAAUAGGAAAUCCAAUAUGCAGGAUCUUGCAGUUCUCACUGGUGGCACUGUUAUUACUGAAGAGCUGGGUUUGAACCUUGAAAAAGUGGAUAUGGAUAUGCUUGGAACUUGCAAAAAGGUCACCAUUUCAAAAGAUGACACUGUAAUUCUUGACGGUGCUGGUGACAAGAAGGCACUUGAGGAAAGAUGUGAACAGAUUCGGUCUGCAAUUGAAGCAAGCACUUCCGAUUAUGACAAAGAGAAAUUACAAGAGAGACUGGCAAAACUUUCUGGUGGUGUUGCUGUGUUGAAGAUUGGAGGAGCCAGUGAAGCUGAAGUUGGUGAGAAGAAGGAUAGGGUUACUGAUGCCCUAAAUGCCACCAAAGCAGCUGUUGAAGAGGGUAUUGUACCAGGUGGCGGUGUUGCACUCCUCUAUGCAGCUAAAGAGUUGGACAAACUUUCAACUGCUAACUUCGAUCAGAAGAUUGGAGUUCAGAUUAUUCAGAAUGCUCUAAAGGCACCUGUCCACACAAUUGCUUCUAAUGCGGGAGUUGAAGGAGCUGUUAUUGUCGGUAAGCUCUUGGAGCAAGAUGACCCUGAUCUGGGAUAUGAUGCAGCUAAAGGUGAAUAUGUUGAUAUGGUCAAAGCUGGAAUAAUAGACCCAUUGAAAGUAAUUAGGACUGCUUUAGUGGAUGCUGCAAGUAUUUCAUCUUUGCUGACAACUACUGAAGCUGUCGUAGUUGAACUUCCUAGUGACAAGGAGACCCCGGCAAUGGGCGGUGGUAUGGGUGGCAUGGGUGGUAUGGAUUAUUGAGAACUGCCCCAUUCCAAACUCAUUUUAGAGUAACUGGAGUGUAAAACUAGCAUCAGAGUGUUUACUACAUUGCUUAGAGUUGUUUGGGUCGCAAGUCAUUGAGUUUUUUGGGUCUGAAGGUGUAGUCAUAGUGAGGAUCAGUGUGUAGGUAGAUCCUGUAAUACAGGACAGAGAAGUUGUUUCUGGGAAGAAUCUCAAACUAAAUGUACGCAUCUAAUUCUUUUCAAAUAAAAACUUUUCUUCCUUGAUUUCUUUCGUAUCUUAGGUUGGUAGGGGUGAUCUUUCUUCUUCGGCAUCUUGUUUCUGCAUUUAGGCAUUAUAAGGGGCAUAUCCAUGUGUUGGAUGAGUUUCUUUUUUGGUCUGAAUUUUCUGUUUUCAUCAAAGAGCAACUGCAGUUCUGGUCAGUUCCUCUGAGGUCAGAGAUAUGUUUCUGCCUCGUAAACCUGAAAUGAUUCUUAGCAUGCCUUUGGGCCUUUGGUCUGCGGCUCUACGCCGGAAAAGCUUGUGUGGCAUCAUACCAAGAACGGAGUGUUCAGCGUCAAAUCUGGUUGUUGGGUAGCAAGUACUACUGUGGCCUGUUCUAGUACUGGAGCAAAUAUGGAGGCUUCGUAUAAGGUCUGGAGGUCGAUUGUGCCACACAAAUUGAAGGUAUUCUUAUGGAGAGCUAUCAACAGUUUCCUCCCCUGUACGCAAAACCUGGUAAGAAGAAAAAUCAUGGCCGAGUCUUGUUGGCAAUGUGGCAAUUUAAUAGAAUCAGUUAGUUAUUCAUAUAUUAUGGGAUGGAAAAUUCUAGUGUGCAGCACUGCAUACUAUGCAGAUCCUACUAGAAGACAGGAUAGCUGAGGUUACCUAG